CUUAAUCGAAGAUCACGGCUCAUCCAUUACGGCAUCACGGCCCUAAUAGAUUAGAUGAGAUACGCAUUCGCUAGAUCCAUUUGGGACUGAAGACUCUUCGAACACUUACGACAUGGCGGAAGAUGUGUCAACCACUGUUCUAGGUUGCGUCCUUGACGUUUCCGGUUCGAUGCGUGAGGCUCUCGAUCUUGACCACCUCACUGAGGAUACAACGGAACGUUUGUGGGCAGUCCUGCGCGCUGCGCUAAAAAUUGCUCAAGCUGAAGAGGCUCGAAACCCGAAUGCUUACAUAUUUGUUGGCUUAUUCGGAUUAGACGAAGCAGGCGGAUGUCCUCCUACCUUAGACUUGUGCAGUGUUAUUGAUGCACUGCUCACGGAUAGGGAGAACGAGCUGAGCGGUCACGACCGACUGGUCAGCUUGGCGAAAGCUAGAAAACGGCAUCGCAUCGAGAAACAAAUUAGGAAUAAGCUCUCAGAUGCACAGGCUCGCAUCUGCUGGCUGCAGAUGCGGAAUGACGAAGCGCUUUUGGAGCAAUUUCUCGGACUGAUCCCAGAGGAUGUCAUGCCUGAAGUUCAGCACGAAUCUAAAGACACCCAAACGAGAGAGCACCGCUUCGUGUUUCACGAUGUCGUUCGCCAAGCCUUACGUCCAUCUCAGGCUAUAGCAGCCAACAAUACAGCCACUUCUCCUGUUGGAUCGUUGUUACAUAUGGUAGCCGGCAACGCUGCAAAAGAGGUCGUGAGGCCAGUGUAUGAGGUUGCAAAGGCGGGCAUUGACUAUGCAUAUGAUGUGGUCGAGGACUAUGCGGUAGAUAUGUCCUCGGCGCUCAAGUUGGCUCACAGGACUUGUAAGCGUUGGUUGGCAGGGUUCCACGAUUUUCAUGCGUGUAGAGUUGCGAAGGCAGUUCAGCUCCUCCAGCACUUACAGGAACAGAGACGAUCUGAACGCGAGCAACCGAACAAGCAGCAGCAUGGCUCUGAUACUUGGUUUGAAACCUUGCGCGAGUACAUGUAUGGGGAAACACCUAUGAAGACGGCCCUAGAAAAGUCUAAGGAUGCAUUUCAGCGAUAUCCAAAUACCAGUCAGCGCACCCUGCUCAAACAGACCUACGGCAUAAUAAUCGCUGGAGUUUAUCUGACGAGCAAGAGAAGUAUUGAUUCGACCUGUCUCUGGGAUAAGCCAGAGGACUCCUGGGAUUCCGGCCAAAGAUAUCUUUUCGAAAUGGCCAGCACGACAUCCUGUAUGCAGACUCCGAUUCCGGCUUUAGCAUCGCUUGGCUGGACGGUCCCAUCCUCGGGGCAGUGCGCGCUGUUUGUGAUAAUUUGCAGCACUGACAUGUUGAACCAAUUUUGCUCUACGUUACUAAGCAUGAGAUUUGGAUUGGCGGACAUGAUUCUGGAGAUUACCAAUCGUAUCCUGCACGACGAAUACGUUACUAUAAAGCAGGACCGACCUCUAAGGAAUCCAUCGAACCAGAAGCGCUCCGAAACCUGCUAUGCUCAUGCCGCUGCUGCAGUGAUUCGUAUGGCACUCCUUCGAAUCAUUGCCUGGAGAGGUGGCACUGUCCGGCUUUCAAGCAUAAGAAACAACAUUCUCAAAAAAUUUCCAGGCGACACAGGUGGUUGGUCCACGCAGCUGGUCCUGACCGAAGCAAUCAAAUGGUACAAACCAUUGUGUUUCAAUGAAGUCACUCCGGACGGUGCGCGUCAGGCCGUAUUACACCGACGUCCUGUUCUAACAACCUUCAACCUCUCAUCAGAAGGUUGGGACAAGUUUGAAGAAUUCUUCAAAGAAGACUCACCUACACGAAACCUGGUGCUUAGCCUAGAAGACAUGGCAUCGCAGCGCUCUAAGAAACCAGACAAAGUCGGUCACGCAGUGGUUCUGACUGGCUGCGAUCCAAAUUCACUGACUUUCCUGAAUUCCUGGGGACAGAACUUUGGCAAUUCGGGCUCUUUCAAGGUCGAAAAUCAUAAAGUCCUUGAAACACAGGGACAGCUAUUCCCAGUCCGUUUCUACGAUGUCUUUUGGUUUGAGGAAGACCUCGUGGCGUCAGAAACGACUGCAUUCAAGGUUACGAUGGAUGAAAAGAUCCAAACCAUUAUUGCGGAUUUCCCAAGUCUCCUGAACCUCGAAAUCAGAUGUCCAAACUGCAAACAAAAUGCUUCUAUUGCUUGGUUGAGUGGCGAUCUCCGACAAGCCAAAUGCCGGCUCUGCCACGGGCAAUUCACGCCGGAGGUCGCUCAUGUGCUACAAGCACUUUAUGUGGAUGAAAAUCAAAGGCAGAUGUUUACAUGCUCGCAGGUGCAGUGA